AUGUCGAAGGGAAACGCGGUCGGAAUCGAUCUCGGCACGACUUUCUCAUGUGUUGGCGUUUUCCAACACGGAAAGGUAGAAAUAAUCGCCAAUGACCAGGGUAACCGCACAACGCCCAGCUAUGUUGCCUUCACUGACACCGAACGUCUGAUUGGAGAUGCAGCGAAAAAUCAGGUGGCAAUGAAUCCCUCUAACACGGUGUUCGACGCGAAGCGCCUGAUCGGCAGACGUUUUGACGAUCCGACGGUGCAGUCCGACAUGAAACACUGGCCGUUCACUAUAGUGAAUUCGGGUGGAAAGCCGAAGAUUGAAGUUGAAUAUCGUGGAGAGAAGAAACAAUUCAGUGCCGAGGAGAUCUCCUCUAUGGUGCUGGUGAAGAUGAAGGAGACGGCUGAGGCGUACUUGGGCAAGAAGGUGAAUGAUGCGGUGGUCACAGUGCCUGCUUACUUCAACGAUAGCCAACGUCAGGCGACUAAGGACGCUGGUACGAUUUCGGGCAUGAACGUGUUGCGUAUCAUUAAUGAACCAACAGCUGCUGCCAUUGCCUACGGUCUGGACAAGAAGGUGGGUGCAGAGCGCAAUGUGCUGAUCUUCGAUCUGGGCGGUGGUACCUUUGAUGUGUCCAUUCUGAGCAUUGAAGACGGCAUCUUCGAGGUGAAGUCGACGGCCGGUGACACGCAUUUGGGUGGUGAAGACUUUGACUCUCGACUGGUGAGCCACUUCACGCAGGAAUUCAAACGCAAGCACAAGAAGGAUCUGAGCACGAACAAGAGGGCCAUUCGUCGUCUGCGAACUGCUUGUGAGCGAGCCAAGAGGACGCUGAGUACGAGUGCGCAGGCGAACAUCGAGAUUGACUCUCUGUUUGAUGGCAUCGACUUCUACACCUCGAUCACGCGUGCUCGCUUUGAGGAGUUGUGUGCUGAUCUGUUCCGCAACACACUGGAUCCGGUGGAGAGAUCACUGCGUGAUGCGAAAUUGGACAAGUCAUCCAUUCACGACGUCGUGUUGGUGGGUGGCUCGACGCGUAUUCCAAAGGUGCAGAAGCUGCUGCAGGACUUCUUCAAUGGGAAGGAGUUGAACAAGUCGAUCAAUCCGGACGAGGCUGUGGCCUAUGGUGCAGCAGUGCAGGCGGCCAUCCUGAGUGGUGAGAAGUCGGAGGCGGUGCAGGAUCUGCUGCUGUUGGAUGUGGCUCCGUUGUCCUUGGGUCUGGAGACUGCUGGCGGUGUGAUGACUGCACUGAUCAAGCGCAACACCACGAUUCCCACGAAGCAGACACAGACUUUCACCACUUACUCGGACAAUCAGCCAGGUGUGCUGAUACAGGUGUACGAAGGUGAACGUGCCAUGACGCGUGACAACAACCUGCUUGGGAAGUUCGAGCUGUCAGGCAUUCCACCAGCGCCUCGUGGUGUCCCACAGAUCGAGGUGACCUUCGAUAUUGACGCCAACGGCAUUCUGAAUGUGUCUGCGGUGGACAAGUCG